CAAAGGUAGCGUGUUUUAAAGGGGCAUGAACAAGAGACGCGCAUGGAUCGUUUUCAGUUGCUCUGGACUUGCUGAGUGGAGCAUUCAUUCAUGUAUCAUCCUUCGAGACUUUAACACUAUUGUGGAUAUAUAGGUAGACUGUAUUGAUUGGCGUUAUAGUUUUCUGUUUGAGGAAAAGCAUGUCAGAUUUCUACCAUGUUACAAAAACACUGGAUCUAAAAGUCAGGGGAUACUCACUGCUUCUUAAUUUUUGAUCUAUAAAUGUAAAAAAUUCAGGUGAAUGUUUCAGACAACCUUACCACAGCCUGACCUCACAGUAUGGCUAAAAAGUCCAGGACAGACACUACUGAAAGCCACUCAGCAUGACCGAUGCAAUGACCGUGAAUUAUCUUUUUUUCCUCGGAAUCCUAAUUCCCUGUAUCAUCACCAUCGCUCUCUUCAUCGUCUUCAUCUACUGCAUGCAAAAGUUUAGAAUACGCAGAGAAAUUAUGACAAAGAAGCAUGAUCCACAUGGACGGUUGAGAAAACUCCAUGGAGCCUACGCUCCCCCACCCCCUCCACUUCCACCAAUGUGGAGUAGACAAUCCAAACAGUUUAAACAGAAGGAUAGACUACUAAGUGAGAGGGACAAUGAAGCUUAUGAGGCAACUGGUGAAUUAUCACCAGACCAGCCAAACAAUCCUCAGCUUUACCAAACGUGUAAUGAUAGUGGAAUGUCCGAUCUCAGUGAAGGGCAGUACCGAUAUGAUAGAGAGCGACCAUAUUCCCAAUCAUCCACAGAUUCCGAGGACUCCGGAUUUCGAAGUUCCAGAUCUGGACAAUACUUACAUAGUGCACAAAAUAGCAAUACUCAAGAUAUGCCUCUGUUCAAACCUAUUAAAUCUCACAGAGAAAAUCUAACAAUGACUGUGCAACAAGGGUGUUCAUCUAAACAACCCAGUCCAAGUCACCGAUCAAAUUCCAACUGCGACUUUUAUCGCAGUUCUAGUCGACAGUCUAAACAUAGAAACAGUCGCCCUUCCUCCAGGAGGAAAGCUUGUGAAAGGUCCUCAUCCGCCAUUCAUCAAACUCCAUCCCCUACCUGUACAAAACUUGAUCCUAUUACCAUGACAUUCAUCAGUAACUCAUCGCCAUCAACCAUAGAUCUCCUACCACCACAACCCUCUUACAGAAAAAGCACCCCGGAGGCCAUAGAUCUGCAGCAAAUAGAGACAGAUGUUAAACUCAACCAUAUUCCUUCUAUCUCUCAGCAGUGUCGACCACUGACUAUGACAACUGCGAUGGUACACACCCCUCUCCAUCACUACCCAGCAAACACUCCAAGAAUGUCAUAUUCUGUUGUAUGAAACAUGGAGUAUUUUCUGAAUGGAAUAUUGUGAUAGAGAGAUAAUGGAAGUGAUUUUGUUCAGUGUGUAUUUUUAUCUUUCUCUCAGUAGAGGAUUAUUUCAGUGAGGCAAUCCUUGUGCAAUUUUCGGACAGGAUGUAUCCAUUUAGCUUACAAAGCAAGUACAUGCUGUUGACACUAUUUAUUUGUGUGAAUCUGUGGACUGCAGAAUAAAAAAUCAAACAAGAAAUCCUAUAUAAUUUCGAACCUCUGGAAAUCCGCAAGGAGAAAAGCCAGUUUUCCGGCCAUUCAGCAGGAUCGAGUCUGUGAUAAAUAGAAAAUGUCUGAUGAUCUACUUUCACUAUGUGUUAGUUCAGAUAGAAUGUUUUGCUUCCCCGUCAAUAUUAUUUCGAUGCCGGAAUUCACAUAUAAUUGUGUAAAUGGUUGUGAUGACAAUCAAAAUACAGUCUUUGUGACGAUUGUCCAGUGAACAAUCCAUGUUUUAUUCAAAGACACAAACUAAAAGGAUUUUUUUUUUAAUGCUGAUGGAGAAGAAACAUAAAGUGUUGUUAGGUAAAUGUGAUGUUACUUUGAAAUGAGUGGCAGUGAUGAAUGGAGAGUAUAUUUUUCAUAAUUUCUAUGUUAAUUAUUUAAACAAGGAAUUAUUCUGCUUCAUAAAGAAGCGUGAAAUAAAUAAGGAGAAAAUCUUUU